CCGAACAUAUUCUGUGCACAGUGUCCCCACCAACCUCAAAAAGACGGAGACAAUAAUGUAAUCACUGAAAUGCUGAGAAGUUCCUCUGGGCAUAGACUGAAAAGAAGGCAGGAGUGGGGAGGCUCUGAAAUCAAAGGGAGCAUCACAUAUUAAAAAGUAACUUUCCGGCAGCGUGUUGCGAGGCUGAGCACCAGGCAGAGCAGGGGAGCACGCAGCCGCAUGGUAUAUUCCUGCCUCUGCUCUCUCCUCUUUUUUUUGGUCCCUCUCUCCUCCAGCUUGCUCUCCCACCUCCUCUCCUGGGCGCUGCCUUCCCCGUUCCCCCCGCCGCAGGCUGCAGAAUGGGACACGCUUGUUCCCCAGCCAGCCGGCAGCUGUCGCACAGCGGAGGCAGCCAGCAGCCGGUGCGAAGAGUGAGCCUACUCUGUCAUUUAGGAUGACUCACUGGAAUCUGGCAUUAAUUUCUUUUUUUCUGGUAGUGGACAGAGAACAACCAAAAAGCGACACUGGACUAAACCAAGGGACAACAUGCCUUAACUUUUCCAGCAGCGCAAAAGAGCUGUAAAACCAGCUUGCUUAUGUAUCCACUCAUUCAUUGUUGAAGGGGAAGGAGGCAAGACACAUGAAAAAAAUCAUAGAGUGAAAUAGCUGGAAGUCCACCCACUGGGAAAGGCUGGAUGGCAGAACCACUGUGCAAUGCUGCUGUAAAGAAAUGCAAAGAAACUAUGCCCCAGACACCAAUAUUUUCCAGCAUGCUCGGUUCCAGUUGUAGUGGACAAGUGCAGCCAGAUAUGGGAGAGAGGUGUGUCGACCCUGUUUAUCAGGAUGGGAACCUUGUUUCUGGAUCACUGGAGGCCUUGAUAGAGCGCCUGGUGCCCACCAUGGACUAUUAUCCAGAUAGGACUUACAUCUUCACUUUUCUAUUGAGCUCACGAGUCUUCAUUCACCCACACGAGCUCCUGGCUAAAGUGGGGCAGAUCUGCAUUAAACAGAAGCAGCAGCUAGAAGCUGGGACUGAGGCAGAAAAGGCAAAGCUAAAAUCCUUCGCUGCCAAAAUCAUUCAGCUCCUGAAGGAAUGGACUGAAACUUUCCCCUAUGAUUUCCAAGAUGAAAAAUCCAUGAAGGAGUUGAAGGAGAUUGCUCACAGAAUCACACAAUGUGAUGAGGAAAAUGGAACAGUGAAAAAGAUCAUUAGCCAGAUGACACAGAAUCUCCUGAUGGCCCUCUCUGCACGGAGCCAGUACCAGGAAAUCAGAGAGAAAUUCCGUCAACCUGUUACUGACAAAGGCACCAUCCUCAAAACCAAGCCACAGUCAACUCAAAAGGACAUCCUGAGUGUGUGUUGUGACCCUCUGAUCUUGGCACAGCAGCUGACAUAUAUUGAACUGGAAAGGGUGAGCAACAUUUACCCAGAGGAUCUAAUGCAGAUCGUCAGCCACAUGGACUCCCUGGAUAAUCACAAGUGCCGAGGCGAUGUGACCAAAACGUAUAAUUUGGAGGCCUAUGACAAUUGGUUCAAUUGUCUCAGCAUGCUGGUGGCUACAGAGAUUUGUCGGGUUGUAAAGAAAAAACAGCGUACAAGAAUGGUGGAAUUUUUCAUUGAUGUCGCAAGAGAAUGCUUCAAUAUUGGAAACUUCAACUCCAUGAUGGCUAUUAUCUCUGGCAUGAACUUGAGUCCUGUGGCACGGCUAAAGAAAACUUGGUCCAAGGUGAAAACAGCCAAGUUUGAUGUUUUAGAGCAUCACAUGGAUCCAUCCAGCAACUUCUGUAAUUACCGCACAGCCCUGCAAGGAGCAGCACAGCGAUCUCAGACUGCCAACAGCAAUCGAGAGAAAAUUGUUAUUCCAGUUUUCAACCUCUUUAUUAAAGAUAUCUACUUUCUACACAAAAUACAUACAAACCGCUUGCCAAAUGGACAGAUAAACUUCAAGAAAUUCUGGGAGAUUUCAAGACAGAUUCAUGACUUCCUGACAUGGAAGCAGGUUGAGUGCCCUUUUGAAAAGGACAAGAAGAUCCAGAGCUAUCUACUCACAGCACCCAUUUAUAGUGAAGAAGCUCUGUUCAUUGCAUCCUUUGAAAGUGAGGGUCCAGAAAACCACAUGGAAAAAGACAGCUGGAAAACACUCAGGACAACUCUGCUUAAUAGAGCCUGAGAUUUGUGGAUCUGAUCUGCAGACUUUGAAGCACAUUGAAUGAAUGUGGUUUUGCAACCUGAAAGAACUUGGACUGAGCUAAGAAAGACCUCACUGGCUGAGGUCUGUUUUGUAUAUACAGUAACUUUUAUGAAAUCAAAUGUGUUAAAUAUUUCACAUGUCAACCUUAAGGCACUUAAGUGAAGGGGUUUGGUUUGGUUUUUUUUUUUUUAUUUUAAAUCAAAGGGCAGGGCCCUGUUCUCAGAGAUGAAAUGUAUCACGGGAGAUGGUAUCCCUGCAGAGAUCUUAUGCUAUCAGCAUCCAGAUUUUUAUUUUUUGUUACUUCCACCAAAAUCAAUAAAAAUUAAAACACACAACGCAACUAAAGCCAGGGUUUGGGUUAAAUACUCCAUUGGACCAGUUUCCUACAGAACACUCUACACUUCUUUCUAGCUUUGAAGUAAAGGGUCUUCUUCAAAUCAACGAUACCAUUCAACAUGGGUUUGCAGAGUCAAAGCCUUAGGCAUCUGCAGUAAGCAUGUUCCUCUCUUACAUCAGAAAAUAGUGCCUUACAAGGUACUGAUAUCGUUUAGUGUACCUUCUAUUACACUGGACUGGAAGUAAAGAAAAUAAAAAUAUGGAUGUCUUGAAACCAGGUACAAUGUACUUUUUAAAUACAAUGGAGAAUAUGGCACAUGAAGUAGAGUAUACCUGCCUGUAACAUUGAUGGUGCAGCAAACAUAUUUUUGUUACAUGAUUUAAAGAGAGAAGAUGGGGUAACUGCUGGGGGAACGUGCGUUUGUGUGCGAGUAUGUGUGCGUGCAUGUGUGAAGAUGCACACAUCUAAGUUUUAAUACUUCUGGGAACUAUCCUUUAAAUUCUGGCUGUCGGAAUAGUUUGUGUUUUCCUUUUUAAAAAUCAGGGAUUUUUUUGGUUUGUUUUGUUUAAGAGAAGGAUGUCUAACCUAGAUUAUCUCUGCAAAACAGGCUCAGUAUUGUUUCUGGAAAACAGGUUUGGGAAAAUAAUAAUCAUACAAGCCAGGGAGAGGGAAGUAAACUCUGAUGCCCAAUUUGAAAUGAAGGCUAAAAUUUUCUAGAGAAGCUUAAGAGAAGUUCAUCACCACUGAACUAGGCAUCUAAUUCCCUCAUUUCCUUUGAAAAUUCUAGUCUGAAUUUAGCUAUUUUCUUUUUAAAUAAGGCCCCGUAGAGUUCACAGUGAUUGCAGCCUCUCUCAGAAAGCCUCACAGAAUACCUCUGCCCAAGCUUGUUUAAAGAUGAUAACUCGUAAGUAGAUGGGUUUUAUCUUAUUCUGCCUUCUGGUGAAGAAGAGGCAAGACUUGCUGGACCAGAGUCUCAUUUAUUCCAGUCCAAUAGACUCUUCUUGCCGAGUGCCUACAACCAAGAGCAGUGCCACUGUUCCACAAAGCAUCUGCAAUCACCGAGUGGAAAUUACUUGUUCUAUUAGCCCUGUAGUACGGUGAAAAAUUCAAGAGCCUUCCAUUUCUCCCUAUUCCAAUCCCCCCUUUGACAACUGCUUAAAAUUAGAAGAGUAAUUUGGGGUAAGGAAGGGCAAUAAAUUGACAUUUUGCUGUUCUCAUAGCAUUGGCAAAGUGAAACAAAAAGCAGUUAUGCCACAAAGAAUGAAGAAGUACAAUACUAACUGUUAACGAGAACAGCCCAGAAAAGAGGGAGGGAUAAUUCUUAUGAUCUGCUGCUAUUUCUCCUGUGCUGAAGCACUGACCUUCAGCCCUGGAUCAGAGUAAGAAUAUUUAUACUGUAUUAUUACAGUGUUUUGCACUUUCAGAGAUGUUCUAGCUAGUAACAUUGUCAGACACUAUAGGAGGGAUUGUAUAUCAGCUUUGUUUAUGUAAUUGAAAUUUAAAAGGGAUGCUUAAAAUCUAAGAAAAAAUAUAUAUAUUUGAAAUGCAAUUUUAGAACACUUUCUGUAAAUGUAUAAAAAAAAGCUUUCACAUGAAUGUGCACUUCACUGGUCAAUCAGUCCUAGUAUAUACUUGAAAUCAAUCCACAGUAUCCACAUUGGUUCCUUUUUAUUUUUCCUCCCUCAGUUUGAUACAUUCCUUAAAUACAGUGUUUUGCUAUUCUGAGCUGAAAUGCUAAAUAUAAAGCUGUACCAUAAAGCAGGAUAUUCCGUGUUUGACUGGAUGUGCUUGCAUUAAUAAAAAAACCACAAAACUUGCUUCGACCAAGCC